AGCACCCUGCUCCGCUGCCUCCGUGUCACUCGUGGGUACACGUCAAGACGGAAAAGCCUUGUUUAUGAGACGAAAAUUUAUGUUCUUCUCAUUCUUGAAAUUCUCACCUGACCUUCACAUGGUGUGUGCGGUUUUUGUUGAUGUUUUUUAAACGUGUGUUGUCAAAUGCGCAAGACGAGGCCAGCGGACAUUCAGUUUGCGACGCACAGAGACUGCAGGUGGGAACUGGAUGCUACGGGCGCCGCUACCCAACUACCUGUACCUUUAGGGUAGUGAACAACAGCAGCCACCCAACCACGUCCCCUCACAGGUGCGAAUCUACUCAACACGCCGCCGCCUCCUUCUCUAUCAUUGUCGUCGUCGUCGCGACCGUCGGAGCGUGACUCACUUGCCAACGGCGCACGCGCUUCCUCCUUCGUGCAUGUUGAGGGUGCACCUGUGGUUGCGCGUGCUAGCUGCCUUGCAGUCAGUCGUCACAGAAUACUACUAAUUGCUUGUGGUUCAGGUGCAGACAGAACAGAAAUGAGAAAAUACCGCUUUCUAGCUGCAUGCUGCGUGGUACACACUGCAGUCCGUGUGCAUCAGCAAUCGCCAGGCGACAGUCGCUGACGUCACAGCCAGUCGUGACGCGACGUGCUGCCAGCCAGACAAGUCCCCGGUGCCAGACAAACAAAACAUGUCUACAUCGCACGCAGCAGAAGAAGACGCUCGUGGAGUUUCUCCCCCUUGUGGUGUUUGUGACAACAGGUGACGUUACGGCCGAAACAGAGACAACGGAGGGUGUGCGUGUCUGGUGACGAUUGUCUUUCUUCGGCUUCACUGUUGGUAUUGCGUGCUUAUCUGUGAUAUGCACGACACGUGAUACUUUGCCAUAGACUGUCUCUCCAGCCAGCCAGCCAGGGAGGUUAAAGUACUUUUUUUGAGAAGGAAGUUGGAAGUAACCUUCGCUGACGUCACCUGUAGGUGUUUGUGUGACAGCAGCUGCCACGCUUUGACGGUCUGGUGCGCUUCGUCUGUCUCUUGGCGACAGAGACGGCAGACCAAGGGAAGCCACACCCUGCCACUUGUGUCACCAUGCCGUACUAUUACGAUCUCAGCAUCUUCAGGUGGUUCGCCAACUCCAAGAGAAAGAAACCUCUGGAAGGCAAAGUCCCGCAACUACAGGUUGCGACAACGUCAGGUGUCAGCCUGGAAUCACUCAUGUGUUUGGAUCGCAGUCACAUAGAAGACCCCACUCUGCGACAAGCUCCCUGGUAUCAAGCAGGCAUUCCCAGGGAGAUAGCCUUGGAUUUGUCACAAGAAGAGGUGGGCUCGUUUAUAGUGCGAGACAGUACCACGCAUCCUGGUUGUUUUGCCCUGUCAGUCCGUGUGCCUAAGUUUGAAAACAGCUCCGGCAUCUCGCACUACCUGAUCCUUAAAACACACCGGGGUGUCAGAUUGAAAGGUUUGGACAAGGAGUGGCCCAACCUGACAGCACUAGUGACACACCACACUGUCAUGCCAGAGAUGCUUCCUUGCACACUGCGUUUGCCCCGCAACAACAAAAACCUCACCUUCCGCCAGACAGAACGGGAGGAGGCAGAUGAUGAAGAAGAAGAUGAUGAUGACGAUGAUGCCAACUACCAACGAUUAACUGAAGUGACUGCCCUAGCUGGUCAGCUCAAACUGACAUAGAAAUGAGUUUCCAAGGGAAACUGUUUCAAGAACAAUGCUGACAUGAUCCAAAGAGAGUAGAGAGGCUCUCUUAUUUGCCAUCUCGUCAUGUUUCUACGAUAACAUUUGCUGCUGCUAUUUCUUCAUUCCUGGGAUGAUUUCCUUUUGCACUUUGUUUCGUUUUUAAAGGAAUGGAAUGGUUUCAGUAGGUUACUCCAUUUAAACAUCCAGAGUGCAUAAAUGAAAGGAGCAUGUCACCAUGGACACGUGGACAUCAUUAAAUUGUGACAGCUGAGGCGUCUGAACAUGCGAAAGAGUUCAGAAGAAAUGAGUGCAGUUUAAAAAAAAAAAGUCAUGUCAAGUGAGCAUAAACAACUUUAUCAUUUAGACAGAAGAGCCUGAGGAGGGUAGGAACUUAACAGGAUGUGUAAGCACUAUACAGAUUUGUUUUUUAACACCAAGGAUGCUGCACUCUUUAGGAACAUCAUAAAUCUGUGUUGGAAGAGCCACCAUGCUGGAAAGUGUCAUGCUUCACCUUUUCACAAUCUCCUGUUUGUUCCAAAUGUCAUGAAUAAACGAAGUAAAAUAUUUCACCGGGAUAUUUUUGACAACAAUGCAUAGGCCAGUGUAUCAUUGACUGCAAAGAUUGCUUCAACAUUUCUCAUUGGUUUCGAUGUCUUCAAACAGGUGACAGCAGAUGCCCUUUCAAUGAGAGGCUGCUUUUACAGCUACAGAUAUUGAACACUAUAGAUAUUUUUGUGCUGGCCAUUGGCAUGGAGACAAUUUUGGAUUUCUUGUAAGAUCUGUAAUCUGACUGAAGAAGAGUUGUGGGAGAUGAAACAAAUCUGGUCUUUGGCCAGCAGAGAUGUGGGGUGUCUCAUCCUCACGGAGAAAACUGAGGAGUUCAGGCACGGUUGUGAUCAACAGGAUCAAUAGAUUUUUUUUAUGGAACUGGAAACUUGUGAAAACUUUUGUGAAAAGUUUGACAAUCAUGAGCAAGUGUAUAGUGAAGCAAUGGGCAGUCUUUCAGUUUCGUUCAUGAUAUUAUUGUCAUAUUUUAUUGCACUUGCUGAUAUUGGAAACAGUCAUUUUCUGAUGCAGUGAGAUUAUCCCUUCUAUCUGUCCCCUUUGUUCACCCACUUAACAAAAUAUUUUUUCUGCAUGCAUUUAUUUGAAAUUACUUGCUGUUUUGAAAAAGUUUGAAAACCCAAAGAUCUUUCCUUUCAUCUGGAACAACUUGAUAGCUCUUGAGUAUUGGGUUUGUCAUGUUGCUUGUGAUUAGCUCUGUUGAGGCAUUUCUAUCAUAAUAAUGUUUCUCCUAAUGUACUGAUUUUUUUCUGUGCAAACACUCAAAAGGAUUUAUAACUCCAGUUAAAUGAUUUCAGAUUGAUUACAGGGCACUAGCUGCUCAACUUCAUGUGGAUGAAGCUUUUGGGGACAGGUUUUAAAGCAGUCAUUUAAAUCAUGGCAUCAUGGACCCCUAGGCCUUUUGUAAAUUACAUUCCCUAUUCAUACACUUUGCACGAUGCGAUGUUUAUCACCAUUACAUCAACAGGCUAGGGAAGUGGUCCUUUAGCAGACUGUGUGGAUGAUGCAGUCCAUUAGAGGGCUCCAUAGACAGUAGUUUUUGUAGUGUUUUUUUAUAUAUAUAUAGAAACUGAUAUCACUGCCGCAAUUUGAAGAUGUGCAGCUGUGUAAUAUCUGCUACAGAGAGAUGGCUGUUGAUUUCUUUAAGGCCAGUAUCAAGACCCCCAGCAGACCAUACAACAGUCCUGGAGGUUUUGCUUGAAUCAUAGCCACAUUCAUCCAGUUCUACACACAACAUAACUGAGCGUCCAGGAAGACAAAAUCAGCUUAAAGUAUACAGGAUACAGAUGUUGACUCUUAAAAAUCUUGCGAUGCAUUCUUGUUUGCCUUAGAUUGUUAGUUGUUGCUGCAGAGUCCAAUAUGCCUGUUGACAUACUUUGUUUCCGUUAAACUGUUAAAGAAGUGAAGGCCAGCAUUGGUUGCCUUGUUUUUCUGUUGUGUGAUAUCUGUCGGUUUAAAUAGAGUUUUGUUGACCUUUUGGGAGCCAGUCUUCGGCCCUAAUUCACAUGUGUUUAGUAUGUCAUGUUGAUAAGUUGGUCCAGGUUGUUUGCACUCUGGCAAGUACUGCAUACAGCUGGGGGCAAAGUCAAACCAACUUUCCCUGCAGACCUUACCCCCUCUACACUCUUUUUUUUUUCUCAGACAGGCUGGCAUCUUGAUAGCCAUUAUUCCAGCCCUGAGUGUCUAGUCACACCAGGCAUGACAGUAAGUUUGCGAGCAUGUGGAGAUGGACAGAGAGACUGGACAGAAUAAAAUACAAAUGGGUAGAGCAGCUACUUAUUAUAGAGUUAUCGUUCCAAGCUGUGACCGAAAACUAAACCUGAUUCUGGAUUAAACAUGAGUAUAUAAACAUGUAUAAAAGUGAACUGUGUUCAUGAGCAAUCUGAUUUCCAUUAUGCUGUGAUGAGUUGAGGCAUGAAGGUAUGUAUCCACAAAUUCAUGCCUUGCCACAGUGACUGCAGCCUGUUCUGUGCUAUUGUUCCCUGGCUUGCACUUUUGUGAUUUUUUUUCUCAGCAUAAACAGGCAUGUGUAUAUAGUCAGAUAAUCAAAUUUAUGUCGCAUAGUUGUUUUUUUUUUUUGCACAUAUAUAUAUAUACAGUUUUAUUUGCGUAAAUAGUUUCAGAGUUCUGAAUGAUGUAUACUUCUGCAGAUGGUGUUGUCGUUUGCUUCUGAAUAGGGCUGGGUAAAUGAAUGCAACUGUUUCUGGGUUUGUUUUUUUUUUGGUUGGGGUGGGGGUAGGGAAAUUUUUUGCUGCCUGUUUUUUUUUUUUUUUUUUUUUCUUAAAGCUGAUGAUCAAUUAGACGUUUGCCACAAAACGCACAGACCCAUUAACAUACCCCAUCUUCAGCUGCUGUUCUGCUGAGGUCUCCAGUGGGUAGCAGUGUGGUGGAAACUUGCCACAUUCAAACAUAUUUGUCUGCAGCUAAGUAGCUGCUGUGUGCAUUGGCAACUGCAUGUGCAGGCAGCAAAGGGGAGAUCAGAGAGAGUACUUUGAAGAUGUUUAAAGGACAUUGGUUUAUAUAAAUAUAAAAGCUGAUAAUUUUGCUGAAGGUGGCGAAGCAUAUGCAAGUUUGACUGACUUAGAGGGUUUUUGACAUACGAUAUUACCUUGAUGCAUUCAACCAGUAAAAGAUAUUAGGGUUUGUAUGUGAUAUUAGAACCUACAGUAUUUAACAAGCUGGGGAGCGAGGGACAAGGGGGAAUUUCACAAAUCAAUUUUUCUGAUAACAAACAACAAUGAUAGUUUCUUGCAUUGUACAUGUAAUGCAAGCAGCAGACGGAAUGUGGAAUGAUGAUGCAAUAAUUUUGUCUGAAUGUGAUUUUUAAAGUGACACAUGAAAAUUGAGUUUGGUCUUUGUUGGCAAUAAAACAAAUUAGAAAAUUGC